GGUGUAGUCAUAUUAGGCGAUGCCGCAAACUAUCAGCCGCAAUUAGGCAGUGUGUUUGCAUGUCUGCGUGUUUCACUUAGAACAUCUGCGUCGAAUCAAAAGGAAACUACUUGAUAACUUCGCACUUUCAUUUGAAUUGCAGCUAUUGAUUCGGGCCAAUUUUUGAAGAAAAAAAAUUUACAAUUGAUCCAUUGAACAAAGCAGCCACUACGAAAGUGAAAAAAUGAAGUUGAUUUUAAUAUUUACAUUGUGUUGUGUUGCCGUCGCCAAAGGUGACUUUUUCGAUAAAAUUGGUCAAGCGAUUGAGCAUGAAGCAAGAUGUGCCGUGGUAAAGACAGCACAAGUAGCUGUGAAAUUCGAUGAUGAGACAAAUGGUUUCGAUCGACUUAAAAUCAGUCUACUUGAAUUACAAUGCGACAUGGGCUUGGACAUCGAUCCCGAUCUCUUUUUGGUCAUCUCGUACAUUGUCAUCUUAAUUAUCGCAUUCUUUGUACUCAUAAUGCUCGCCUCGAUUUUGAAAUGCAUCUGCAGAACAUUAUUUUGCUGUGGAUCGGAAAAACCAAAAGUGAUUAAAGUAUACAAUGCGCCACCUUACAAUCGCCUAGUUUGAAUCGAUUGGUUAAGAAAAAAUAUAAUAGACAUACAAAAUUUAAUCAAGUCUAGAGCUUGAAUUCAAAUCAAAAUCGAAUAUUAUAACUGUCAAGUUUCUCUAAAUAAAGCCAUUCUCUUUGUAAAAACAAAUA